AUGUUCACCUUGAUUUGCUUUUUGUUCUCUGUUCUUUCUCUGGCAUUCAUGAAUGAUGCGUUUGACGUCGGCUUUACAAGCGAAAUGCCCCACGUAAACACCUACGACAAGAUGCCUCCGCGGUCAGGUCCAUUGGAAACCCAAUUAAGGUGGGGCAUGUUCCGGUGUGUUUUCGACAACUCGGGGACGCUGCACCUCAAGAAGCCCAAUGACUACAGUGAACUCGCCACCAACAAGCCUUGA